CACGCUUUACGCUCCUUCAACAUCCAUCAAUUCAUUCACUCAGUCAUAGCCAUGCAACGACAAUGGGAACGGAUAUUUAAAAACUGCAAAGGCAAACAACAAAGAAAAGAGGUCACCAGGCGUAAAUGGACAAAUUGUGGCUUAUAUCGUGUUUUCAGGUUGUUUUCUGUUAUGAAAUGGAUCAGAUCAUAGCCUUAUGUCGCGUGCUGCUGUCAGUCUGCUGCUGCUGUGGCCGCGUGCAGAUGUGGACAUACUAGUACAUUAGACCAUUCACCCCGCGAGCUAUUGUCUUCCAUCCUCUUCCACUCCAUCCGCUCGCUCCGGGCCAAACUGGCGUGUGCGUCCCUCCGCAGGUAUGUCUCUCCGUCUCUCUGGCAGAUGGGGCGGGAAACAGAAGCCAACUCUGGAGAGGGAUGUUUCCUUCUUCAGCCGGUUGUCCUAYUGGUGGAUUAACAGAGUCGUGUCAGCGGGCCAUAGGAGGGGGCUACAGCUGUCGGACCUGUGUUGCCUUGGUGAUGAGGACUCAGCCCAGAGUUUAUGCUCAGCCCUCCAGCAGCAGCAGCACCGGAGGACAGAGGGACAGAGUCAUAGCCAGGAGUCAGGAGAGGAGGAGUCACUGGGUGGAAACACCUCCCACCCAGGUGUUCACCUGUCUGGCCCCGCCCUGCUGUGUCAUCUGUAUGGGUGGCUCCGCCCCUCACUGCUCCAGGUGACCCUGCUGAGGAUGACCUCUGACCUACUGGCCCUCUUGCCCCCUCAGGCCCUCAGGUGUGGCAUUCUCUACUGUGAGAACCAGCCUGUUUUUGAUUGGUCUGGACUUACCCAUGCCCUGGCACUAUUGGCUGCUGUAGUGUGCCACGCCCUGGUCCAGCAGGUGUGUGAGCGUCACAGCAGGAUGACUGAGGUCAGAGUUCAGACAGCGCUGACUGGAGCCUUGUAUAAACAGGUCCUGUCCCGGUGCAGUAUUCCUGGGUGUCUACCCUCCCCUGCCCCAUCGUUAACCCCACUCCGGGCUGACGUUGGACGGUUAGCAGAGCUCCCAGUCUCCCUGUCUGCCCUGUGGUCUUCCUGGGUGCAGGGGACAGUGUGUGUGUGUAUGCUGUGGAGAGAGCUGGGUCCCUCUUCUCUGGCGGGACUAGCUGUAUUGUUACUGCUGGUACCGCUCACCUCUGCUGUACAACGCAGGGCAAGGCUAUUACAGAGAAGCCAGGAGAGAGUGAGGGGAGAAAGACAGCAGCUCGUGCAGGAGAUGCUGAACGGAAUCAAAACGGUGAAGUUGUUGGUCUUGGAGGCGUGGUUCCAGUGCAGAGUGGGCAUUGCCAGAGAGAAGGAGCUGGAGACGCUGAGGAUUCUGGGAUUCCUGACGGCCUUCUCCCUAUUGGACCGCGUCUGUGUGCCUUUCCUGGUGUGUGUGUCCAGUUUGGGUGUGUAUGUGCUGGUGGAUGAUGGUAACGUUCUGACAGCGUCUCAGGUGUUCACCUGUGUUUGUCUGUUCACACUGCUACGCUCACCUUUUAACCUACUGCCCUCCCUGGCACUGCACCUCACACAGACCUGGCACUCCCUCUGUCAUCUGGACCACUUCCUCUUCUCACAGGAAGUCUCUCACACAGAGAAUGGCACUCUUUUAGAAAAUGGGGUCAAGAAAAGCUGUCUCGAGGAGCACUCAGAUCGAUCUAGGUCAAGAUUCCUACCACGAUCAACACCCUCUUCCUCGGGUCGCUGCGACGCAGCCUCUAAAUCACAGGAGAUGUACGUGUUUGAGCGAGCUUAA